UCCGCCCGGCAAAGACCGCUCUCUCGUCGCCAAAGCCACGACAGACUAAAUUCUUGCAGAAUGUCCAUCAAGGUUAUCCUUGUCUUCCUGGCGAUGGCGGCAGUCUGUUCGGCCACGUACCUGCGGCCUCGUCCGUGGCAGCUGGUGCAGCCGUCCUCUGCCUCCGCCGCCGCCGCAGCUGCAGCUGCUGCCGGCGGGGGGUACGGCGGCGGCGCAUCUGCCGCAGCCGCGGCUGCAGCUGCUGCCGGCGGUGGCGGGUACGGUGGCGGCGCAUCUGCCGCAGCUGCGGCUGCAGCUGCUGCCAGCGGUGGCGGGUACCGGCACCCUUACUACUUCCGCUAGCCUCCUCGGACCCUCCUACCCCAACCCUCCCCACCGCCUUCCCCUUAAAUCUCCUCAUCACCCUCUUCAUACCCUUCGUCGAUUUUAAGAGCCCUGGGUCGCAAUGCGCAGAAGAAAAGUUUAUAAAAAAACAAGAAAUAAGUGACAAUAAAUGUUUUUUCUUAUAAGUACUAUUUUUUAUGGAGCUUUGUUCACUAAUAAUGAUUUAAAACUAAUCAACGUGAUUACGAAUUUUUUUUUUAAAUUGUACAGCUAAUAAAUUAUUUCAAAUUAACUCUUGAUGAAUUAAGUACUUUAUAAAAAUCUUAACUUUUUUAUUGUUUACAAUUCACUUCUAUUACGGAGAGAAAUUAAUACGUAUUUUCUACCGCACGCUUAAAGCCAAAAAAAAAAAAAUUUAAUCUUGAAUCUACUAACGAUUUCAAGCUUUUGGUGGAACCCAUAGGACCACUGUGCCACAUUGUUCCUAACCAAGCAGGAGUUCACGAACUGCAGUCAUCUCCGGUUUCCAACAGCUCAAGAAAAUCACCUCAGUGCCUUAACCACACGGCGUAAGAUCGAAAAAAUUACUUUUAAAAAUCUACAAAAAUAAAAUUAAUAUCACAUUAGUGGAAAACGAAAUAUUUGCUGUAAAUUCAAAAUUAUUAAUGUCUUAUGACACAAAUAUUUUUUGGUAGUGACCUUACAAAGAGUAGUAAAUAAUUUCUUUAAAAUUAUUACAAUAUGUACUCACACCUUGCUGUCUAUGUUAACAUUGGUUAAUUAUAUGAAAACAUUUUGUGAGAGCAUAUAAGGCAUUAAUGUUGUACCUAAUACAGCCAUAGUCUGUUAUUUGUAAUAGCUCUCCAUAGUUAAGCCAAUUAUUGCUUGUAUUAAAUGGAGCAUCUGGAAGUAAUUAUAUGAAGUGCUUUAUUCUGUGUCCGUGCAUGUUUUCUUUGAUUUAACUUACACGAAUACCUGCAAUGUUUCUGCCAUCAAAAUAUAAUAAAAUUGUCUCAUAAAUCACAAGAUAAA